AUGAAGUUCGGACUGCCGAUGGGCGUGUUCCGAUUGGGCGACCUGGUGGGCGUCGACAUCACCAACUUCAUCAACGCCACCUACGCCCGGGCGUGGCCCGAUCGGGUCUACACGUCGCAGCUCACCGCCCUCCUCGUCGAGUCCAAGCGGCUCGGCCAAAAGUCGGGCCGCGGCUGGUAUGCGCAUUCCAAGGGCAAGGCCGCCGAAGACCCGGCCGGCCUGCAACCCAUUCUCGACCAAUCACGUCGCAGCGCUGGGCUCGCCCCGCGUGAGUUCAGCGACGAGGAGAUCGUGGAGUUCGUUCUGUUUCCGGUGGUCAACGAAAGCUGCCGCGUGGUGGAGGAGGGCAUGGUCGUCCGCCCGUCCGACGUCGACAUCGGCUCCCUCUUCGGCUACUCCUUCCCCCGCUAUCGUGGCGGGGUGCUCAAGUGGGCCGACACUAUGCCGAGCGGGCGCAUCAGGGACCGGCUGGCCGCGUGGGACCGCGAGUUCGGGCUGCAGACCCGGUCCCGCUUCUUCGCGCCCUCGGCCUAUCUCCACUACCGCGCCGACAAGGGCCUCAAACUGUCGGUGGCGGCGCCCGAGUCGGCGCGCGGACGGGGCUCGCCGCGGGACGUGGUGGUUGUGGCCGCGGUGCGGACGCCCAUCGGCAAGGCCAAGCGGGGCCUGCUCAGGGACAUCCAGGCCGACGACCUCCUGGCACCCGCCCUCGAUACCCUCCACGCCCGCCUGCGCCGCCACUCCAUGCGCCCCGAGCAGGUGGGCGACAUCGUGGUGGGCGGGAUUGCGGCGACGAUCGGCCACCUGCGGGCGGCGGCGUUCCUGGCCGGCUUUCCGGCCAGCGUGCCGGUCAAGAAGGUCGACCGCCUCUGUUCGUCGGGCCUGCAGGCCGUGGCCGACGCGGCCCUGGGCAUCUCGGGCGGCCUCUACCAUUGCGCUAUCGCCGCAGGCGUCGAGUCCAUGUCGACGGGCGUGCGCGCACCGACCGUGCCCAACCCCAAGGCCGAAGGCAACGAGCUCCUCUCAAGCGUGUAUCUGUCGAUGGGGGCGACAUCGGAGAACGUGGCGGAGCGGUACGGCGUGACACGCGAACAACAGGACCGGAUCGGCUACCGCGCGGAAGGCAGGUGGGACGCGGAGAUCGUGCCUGUGGCUACCACCGUCAACGACAAGAACGGUCAGCCCCGGACCGCCGUCCUCUACAAGGAUGAAGGCGUGCGGGCCGACACUACAUUGGAAGGCCUGACCAAGCUCAAGCCCGCCUUCAGCGCGUCGGGCACGAGCACGGCGGGCAAUUCGUCGCAGGUGUCGGACGGCGCGUCGGCGGUGCUGCUUAUGACCCGCGCCCUCGCCGAGGCCCACGGCUGGGAGGUGCUGGGCGUCUUCCGCUCCUUCGUCGCCGUCGGCUGCGACCCCGCCGUCAUGGGCAUCGGGCCGGCGCUGGCGAUUCCGAGGGCCGUGGAGAAGGCCGGCCUGUCGCUGGCCGACAUCGGCCUGUUCGAGAUCAACGAGGCCUUCGCCUCCCAGUUCCACUACUGCGUGGAGGAGCUCCGCAUCCCGCUCGACAGGGUCAACGUCAACGGCGGCGCCAUCGCCCUUGGCCAUCCGUUGGGCUGCACCGGGACCCGCCUCACGACGUCCCUCCUGCACGAGAUGGGCCGGCGCGGGGUUCGCUACGGCGUCGUUUCCAUGUGCGUGGGCACCGGGAUGGGUGCCGCCGCCGUCUUCGAGCGCUGCUGA